GUCGAAAAUGUAGAACGCAUUACCGCCAAGCAAAACGUUUUGGUAACUAUUUUAUUAAUCCACUUUUUACUAUUUGUGAUUGAAUGACUUUCAAUUCAAACUGUGGUGCUGUGUGUUGAGAAUUGUGCGUUUAGAGCUACUGUUACCUGCGCAAAGCCUCUAAGACUCUAUCAGUUGCAGCGCCGUAAAAGACAAGACAUCGCUACAAUAUUGCAGCUGACAAGUUCCCAGUCGAUUCCGCUUUAUAUCUGCACAAACCGAUGGUUAAAAAACAGAGACGACUAUAAACCUUCAGUUCAGAGGAUUUGAGAACGUCAUAAAUCUUACCUUAACAUCAUCAAAAUCUCUGAGUCGCUAUUUUAUGAAGACCCUCGUCAACUCCAAACAUCUAAUUUUAUCAAAAAGAAGAAGAAAAUGUUUCGUGUAUAUUUCAGGAGCAGGCGAUUCUAAAUGUAUUUCACGUGGUGGAAGAUGUCAAAUGACAUCGUCACGUUGUUCUGGUGGAAGUUAUUCUAGAUAUCUAUGUGCUGGUGUCACAAGUCGACAAUGUUGUAUAAAAACCGGAGGCGAUUCUAAAUGUCAGUCAAGGGGUGGAAGAUGUCAAAUGACAUCGUCAAGUUGUUCUGGUGGAAGUUAUUCUAGAUAUCUAUGUGCUGGUGUCUCAAGUCGACAAUGUUGUAUAAAAUCUGGUAGUACUGGAGGAAGUUGUAGCAGUUCAACAGCUAAACAGAAAGCUUGCAGUAUAUUACGUCAUCAUCGCGCGGGAAGAAUUACCUUAGCUAAUCGCCACCCAUCCGGAAAAACAGAUCAAGCUUAUCCACUGAAGAACAUACAGGACGCAUGUAAUGGACGUAGGGUAUCCCGUUCAAGAUAUACAUGUAGAGAGUGUUGGAGUCCCGGCGCACCUGGCGGCACUGUAUGCUUAAGUGAAAAAUUACUUACAUACCUGGAUUCCCUGGCGAGUCUUGGAAAUAUUUAUGUAACAUCCAUAGCUGGAGCUUGCCAUAGUUGUAAUUCAAGACAUUAUAGAGGCUUGGCUGUAGAUCUUAGAAGACAGGGGCGAUUUUCAGAAUAUAUCCGUAAAUGCGGAGCAAUGGGUGGUCGUGGUAUUGAUGAAAGAAGCCAUAUCCAUUGUCAGUUUUAGCGGUUUUGUUUGGUUUAAUAAAUAAAGUGGCAUUUGACGAAAUUAUUAAGAUAUAAAUUUAUCUCAUAUCACUUUCAAAAUUAUUAUAAGUUCAUUUCUGUUAUUAAGAUGUGUAAUUCCCAAU